AGUCGUAUAACGGCCAGCGGCCAGUCGAGCCGAGUGCCCGAGUUGCUGUACACGGGUGGUUAAGUGCUAAAGUUGGCUUUCGCCGGAGAAGUAAACAUAAUCGCGCCUAAUUUUUUACUUAGAUUUUUGUACCACAGUCGAGGUGCCUAUGGCUUUUUAAAUCGGGACUGUCGCGAUCAUGGGUUGUACCAGCAGUGCUCCAAAUAUGGUCAGCUCAAGCACGGCAGAGAAAAGCAUCCAAUUUGAAGAAGAAAUGAGCGAUGAAUCAGAAAACCAGUCGAAUGUAGAAGAAAUAAUUUAUAGAGCUGAAAGAAAUUCAAUCGAAAUAAACAAGCUUCCUUCAAGUGAUACAGCAACAGAACAGAGUGCAGAUAUAGUUAGAAAUAGAUCUACUCAUAGUUUAAAAAAUCAAACAGACACCAAAGAAGAUAGAUUUCCUGGUCAUCAAGUUAUGAAUAAAAGCGAAUCAAGUUUGGUGCUAGAAGAAGAACAUCCACCUAAGUUAGAAGAAGUAGUUGAGAAAGUUGUCGAAUUACAUUCUUUAGAAACUGUAAACGAAAUCCAGCCUGUAACAGAAACGACUGUCGAAGACCCGCCAAAUAAAAGUGAUGAUAACAAUAGUUUAAAAGAAAGUCAUGAUACACAGGACAAUGAAGAAAAAAAUGGACCAGCAGAACUAGAUAAACAAAAAGAGGAGCAUCCCGAGGAAGCCACCAGCCCGAGUCAGUCGGAGAGCAGUCGUGCAACUCGAUGGGAAGCUCUUGCUGACAUAGCCGCCGAGCUACCGCCCUCCCUUACAGUUGAUCCUAUUACAGGUCAAAUUUAUGCGCUUUCAAAAUAAAUACGUCCUAUUAUCUAA